UUUUACAGAAGAAAGGGGGGUGGUAAACUUUCUCUUUUCAAGAACAAGCUGCUAGCAGAAACCAGGAGAAGACUACAUUGACUAAAUUAGCAUUUCCACUAUGGGACUGGAUACAAAUAUUAAACAAGUAGAUUUAAAGUGCUUUAAGCUGAAAAUAAAACGCUUUCUGCUGACUUUGAUUCUUAAUUUUUUUCAUGCUUUCUUAUGCCAAACUGGAGGAACCUUUUCUGAUUUUUUCUUUGGUGGCAUUCAAAGGAAGACCAGAGGAUGAAAAUCCUGUACUUUCUUACUUUACUGCUUUGGCACUUUAGCUGGUUUUACCUUGUUCUCAUUUCCUUAGCGCUGAGUCCUGCUGAAGCAAGUCAAGGCAAUCCAGGAUCCAAAUUAGGAUUGUCAAACAUAGAUGGAAAAGAGAGAAACCCCUUGCCAAGGGCAGGUACAUUUAGAACGGGGAACCAUGGAUAUAGUGCUGGGAAUUCAAAGUCUAGGGCAAAAAAUAACAAUGCUCAAGCUGGAGUUCUCUUGGCAAAGACUGAUGACUCAAAGAAGACUGUCUCUAAAGCAGGGAGCACAGACAAAAAGGUAGGAGUUCAUUCUUCAAACAGACAAUCGGGAAUAAGGACGGUGACCCCAAAGCUACAGAACUUUGGCCCCAAAGCCCCACUGAAGAAAACUGGCACCGGCAAUUCAGAUGCCAGCUCCUACAAAACCAAAAAGACUAAAGAAGCUAUUGCCCAAAGGGAAUCUAAGGAGGCAUUCAGGCAUCCUGCGAUCACCCCACAUGAAUACAUGCUCUCCCUGUACAGGACUCUUUCUGAUGCAGAACGGAAAGGUGUUAAUGGAAGCGUAAAACUGGAGACUGGGCUUGCCAAUACCAUUACAAGCUUCAUAGACAAGGGGCAAGAUGACCGUGCUCCAGCUGUUAAAAAGCAGAAAUACAUUUUUGACAUCAGUGCAUUAGAAAAAGAUGGCUUACUGGGGGCAGAGCUGCGUAUUUUAAGGAAAAAACCUUCUGACAACUGGAAGCCUACUUCUCAUGGGAAAACAUGUCAAAUGAAACUAUUCAGUUGCUCCACAAGCAGGCAAGCAUCCAUGCUCUUGGACUCUCGGACAGUCAACAUCUUAGAUACCGCAAAAUGGGAAGUCUUUGACAUUUGGAAGCUUUUUAGGAAUUUUAAAAACUCUGCUAACUUGUGUUUUGAACUGGAGGCUUUUGAAAGGGGAAGGCCUGUUGAUUUAAGGACUGUGGGAUUUAACAGAACAGGGAGGCAAGUCAAUGAAAAAGCUCUCUUCUUAGUAUUUGGUAGGACAAAGAAAAGAGACUUGUUCUUCAAUGAAAUAAAAGCCAGAUCUGGCCAGGAUGACAAAACUGUUUAUGAAUACCUAUUCAACCAGAGAAGAAAGAGACGGGCUCCUCUAGCAACUCGGCAAGGAAAGAGGCCCAACAAGAAUCUGAAGACAAGAUGCAGCAAAAAAGCACUUCAUGUGAAUUUUAAGGAUAUGGGCUGGGAUGACUGGAUAAUAGCCCCUCUUGAAUAUGAAGCUUAUCAUUGUGAAGGACUUUGCGAAUUUCCUCUUCGGUCCCAUCUGGAACCCACCAAUCAUGCUGUUAUCCAAACGUUAAUGAACUCUAUGGACCCAGAGUCAACACCUCCAACUUGUUGUGUUCCGACAAGACUGAGUCCUAUUAGCAUCCUGUUUAUUGACUCUGCUAAUAAUGUAGUCUACAAACAAUAUGAAGACAUGGUAGUGGAGUCAUGCGGCUGUAGGUAGCAGCAGCGCAAUCUCUCACACUACUAACUGCAAAGCCUUUCCUAGCAGUUGACAAAAAUGAAACUGACACAGAUCAGCACUGUGAUAUCACUCAGAGUGGUUUGCGCUGAUCGAUAGCUGCUGUGGCAUCUGUCACAAGCAAUGCAUUGGUUGGCAAUUAAUGCAAGCCUGUUUUGCUCUGCUGCCUCUCAGUUGCAGCACCCUAACCUCUACAAGCUACCGGUACCAUCAAAGCUCAGUGGGAUGGAGGACUGUGUAAUAUUGCAUACCCUAUGGUGACUGAAACUCCGUUUGUGGUGCUACAUUGUUCAGUUGUUCCCUGCCAUACAUCAACCAUGCCUCCAUCAUGCUUCUUGUCUGUCCUGUUCAGCACUAAUUAGCAAUUGUAUGCAAUGCUGUUGUGCCACAUUUGGAGGGGCUCACGGUUGCCAACACAGCAGCUUAAAAUAUGCUGAAGUAGCCAUUUAAAGUCUUGGAUCAGCUCAUAGUGCCAAGCCAUAGACAAUGUUGUUGUAUCAGUGCAGCAUCUGUUGCACUACACCUUAAAUGCUUGUACUAGUGACACAACUCAUAGGACCAGGCUGUAUGUUUUCCAAUAGCUAGAAUAGAUUUA